CUAACUUUUAGAAUUUUUUUUUUUAAUAAGUACCACUGGAAAAUGGUGCCAGAAGUCUAAUUUAUUUCCUGCAAUGAAAGGUAACAGGUUAAUGAACGGCUGGGCAAAAACACUGAGAUAGUCCUGGAUGUCCAUUAUUUUAGAUACAUGUAAUCCAAAAAGAACACACACCUUUUAUUCCAGUAACAAAGUAUAGCCAAGUAGACCAGACUGCGCAAUUAUGUAUACGCCUAGACGAUAUCACAAUGUCUGGAAAGCAUCAAACAUUUCAGACUCUUGUGGGUUCAGUGUCUGUCUACCAUGGUGAGGGUAGGGGGUGGGUUAGAGCAACAGAAAGCAGCUUGUUGGUCUGGUGGUAAUUCUCUCUUCCCCCUCUCUGUCACUGGAGUGCAACACCCAGAUUGUCUCAGCACAGGCAGUUCUCAGCAGUUUUCAAGUCAAUGGAAGGAGAAAUCACUGCAGGCUUUCAUGGUGUUUGGAAAGACAUGACCCCUAAUAUUGUCUAAAGUCGGACCAUACACAGAUCAAACUAGUUUGUGGAAACAAAGAGGGGCCACUUUGGACUGCUGCUGCUGCUGGACAGAGAGCGGAGACAGAAGCAGAAGGAAAGGAAUCAGUCAAGAUGCGGCGUGUGCUCCCCAUGUCUGUUGUGCUGCUGGUGGCCAUAAUGAUGGCUGCUUCAGAGGCAGGGAAGAACAAGAAAGAAAAGGUCAGCAAGGCGACCGCCGAUUGCACGGAGUGGCGCUACGGCAACUGCGUACCCAACAGCGGCGACUGUGGGGUGGGCAUCCGCCAGGGCACCUGCAACGACCAGACCAAGAAGCUCAAGUGUAAAAUCCCCUGCAACUGGAAGAAGGACUUUGGAGCUGAUUGCAGGUACAAGUUUUCCAGCUGGGGUGAGUGUGACACGGCUACGGGCACCAAGAACCGGUCUGGAACCCUGAAGAAAGCUCUGUACAACGCGGAAUGCCAGACUACCAUCAAGGUGUCCAAACCCUGCCCUCUGAAAAGCAAGACAAAUGCCAAAGCAGGCAAGAAGGGAAGAGGGAAGGAGGUGUAGGACAUGACGACCCUCGUGAGGCCCUGCUCUCGACCCACCCUGUGCACCGGCUGCCUUGCCAACCACCACCACCACCACCCCCCUCCACGGCAGGCAGACCACCACCUCAAAAAACACAAAAACUCUCACACACACACACACACACACACACACAAAAGACAUACUCUUUUCAAUAAAGUCGUGUUUGCAAUGUACAGUACUUUUUGUGUUUGUUCUGUCUUCUUGGUUAGUUCCUAGGCAAUUCUCAAUAUAACCGAGGAGCAUCUCGUUCUGCCUGUGAUGCAUUUGAUAGAAAUAUUCUUAAAAAGCAUUAGUCCUGUAGAGGUAGUUACCAGUCUAUCAAUCCAAAUGUUAGUGUUAUGUUUUUUUUUUUUUUUUUAACCACUCUGUAGCGCUACUAAUAGAUUUCUACAGGUAUUUUAAUUUGGAAAGCAUGCUAAUGACUAACCUAGGCAGCCCAGAGGGCUUUAGUGGAUUGAGGACAGUGAGUUGGUUGCCUGUGGUCCAUGCAUAAAAAAGUUGUAGGGUUUUUUGUGCUCUUGCAAAUAUUAGCAUUUGUAUUAUUCAUGAAGGUAUCAGUAGGAAAGUAGACUUUGUUAUGUAAUAUAUGAUGUUUGAAACAAAACUUGGUGGGACAGCAGAAAACUUUUGGAUGACUUUAUAUGUACUGUGGCAGCAGAUGACUGACAGUUAUAGAAAUUAAUGAAUCCUAACACUGACCUGUUCCUGUUUGCCCAGUGACAUUGGUUAAUCAGGAAGAUUUUGUCACAGGCUGUUCUUAAUUUUAUGUAAACAUGGAUUAGGAUGCUUGUGGGAGGGGGGGGGGGUGUCCAUAUUGGGGGGAAAAAAAAGCAACAAAUAAAUUCAAUAAAAAUCAGUGUUGAGCACUGAUUAUUUCCCAAUUAUGUGUCCUGUUGACCUUUGCCAGUCUUCUCCUGUCACUGUAAAUUACUUAUAUAAUCAGUAUACAGACGAUGCUUCAAGUAAAACUGUCUCAGUCACAAGGGCUGUCAAAAGAAAAAAAAAAAACAAACCUCAACAAAUAAACUUGAUUAAGACAA